UUUAAUGGGGAGACAUGGUUAUGCACUUCAGGGCUACCUGGGAGAAGGCGGUUUUGGUAAAGUGAGAGCGUAUUCAACUCACAUGAAGAAAUCAAUUGUCAUGAAAAUCAUAGACAGAAAAAACAAUAGUCCUAGUGACAGGGAAAACUUCCUGUCCCGUGAAAAAAAAAUCAUUAGAUCUGUUAACCAUCCCAACAUUAUCAAGACUCAUCACAUCUCUGAAUCACGGCUUGGAACGAUCUACAUAGUGAUGGAACUCUGUAAGAAUGGAGACCUGUCAAACUACAUUUCUGUCCAAGGGGCCUUAGAGGAAUCCUCCAGCUGCAGGCUUUUCAAACAGUUAUGUACGGCCCUCCGGUAUCUUCAUAACAUGGACGUGGCUCACAGAGACCUUAAAUGUGAAAAUCUGCUGCUGGACAUGCACAACAACAUCAAAGUGUGUGACUUUGGGUCUUAUGUAGAUGGUCAGAUGGUGCUGAGUGAAACCUACUGUGGCACUGCAGCAUAUGCAGCACCAGAGAUUUUAAAGAGACUUCCCUACAACCCAAAAGUGUCUGAUGUGUGGAGCAUGGGUGUUGUGCUAUAUAUGAUGCUCUAUGCAUCUCUACCCUUCAACGACUCCAACAUUACAAGGAUGGUGAAAGAACAAAUGGAGCAUUGCAUUAACUUUCCAGAAAUUCCACCUGUAUCAUCUGAAGCAAAGGCCCUCAUCCACCGCAUUCUGCACUCUGUUGUGGAGAAUCCUCUCGCUGCAUGGCAAAUCUGCUAACUACUAUUCCACUGUGUAGCCCCACCAAAAAGACAGAUGGGUCAAAACUGAAACAGACCAGGAACCAAGGGAGAAAGGAGGAAAAAGAGGCAGAAGGAGAAAGAAGGGCAGGGGUUGGAGCAGGAUUAUAACACAAUCUGGCUAGUACAAAGAGUAAAGUAGUGUCACAACUGCAUCAUUAUUUUCAGUGGCUUUAACACAUGAUUGGGAUGUUA